AUGAUAAUAGCUAGAAACGAGAAUGAAAAAAUCUUAAUUGAGCCUUCUGUAAAUUCAGUUAGAGUCUCUAUAAAGAUUAAACAAGCAGAUGAGAUAGAGCAAAUCUUAGUUCAUAAGUUUACCAGGUUUUUGACGUCGAGAGCUGAAAAUUUCUUUAUUUUAAGAAGAGUCCCUAUAAAAGGAUAUGAUAUAUCAUUUUUAAUUACUAAUUUCCAUACCGAACAAAUGUUGAAAGACAAAUUAGUCGAUUUCAUCAUAGAAUUCAUGGAAGAUGUUGACAAAGAAAUUAGUGAAAUGAAAUUGUUCUUAAAUGCGAGGGCAAGAGUUAUUGCUGAGGCAUACUUGACCCCAUUCGAUUAA